GGAAGUGCGUGCGUUUGGCGGAAGUGCUUCACCUGCACGCGUCCGCGGGGCCCGGACCCUCAGCCAGCUCCACCCUCAGGUGGUUUGAACUUUGAGCUUCUUGCCCUGAUGAACAGUUUCGCCUUCCUCAAGUUUAUAACACUUGAAACUACAAGAACUGGCGGUUUUAUGCAGUUUGAGACCAGUCAGCACUAAGCAGAGUUCGGAGUGCUAAGAGAAAGAGCUUAAAAUGGCUUCCAGAGGAAAGACAGAGACAAGCAAAUUAAAGCAGAAUUUAGAAGAGCAGUUGGAUAGACUAAUGCAGCAGUUACAAGACCUGGAGGAAUGCAGAGAAGAACUUGAUACAGAUGAAUACGAAGAAACCAAAAAGGAAACUUUGGAGCAACUAAGUGAAUUUAAUGAUUCACUGAAGAAAAUUAUGUCUGGAAAUAUGACUUUGGUAGAUGAACUAAGUGGAAUGCAGCUGGCUAUCCAGGCAGCUAUCAGCCAGGCCUUUAAAACUCCAGAGGUCAUCAGAUUGUUUGCAAAGAAACAACCAGGUCAGCUUCGGACAAGGUUAGCAGAGAUGGAUAGAGAUCUCAUGGUUGGGAAGCUGGAAAGAGACCUGUAUACUCAACAGAAAGUGGAGAUACUAACAGCUCUCAGGAAACUCGGAGAGAAGCUGACUGCAGAUGAUGAGGCCUUCUUGGCAGCAAACGCAGGUGCUGUACUCAGCCAGUUUGAGAAGGUCUCUACAGACCUUGGCUCUGGAGACAAAGUUCUUGCUUUGGCAAGUUUUGAGGUUGAAAAAACAAAAAAAUGACAUGGUGUGAAAGCUGGGGACGUUGAUCUCGUUCUCGUUGUAAAUGGCAUUUUUCUUCUGGGGAUUUUGAGUCAUUGCAAAGAAGUCAAGAGAUUCAUGAAAUGUAUUAAUCACCUAAACAAAGGUGUCAGAAAAAAUACUUGUAGCUUCUGUUCCUGCCCUUCAUCAUCAUGCUUUGUGCAGAGUUACCUGCCUCAGUGAUCCUCGACCUGUUGAGAUGGACUCAUCGGACUGUGUUCGUUAUGGUUUGUCUGUUCAAGAGAGAGAAGACGGGACACUUGCCCUGCCUGCUUUUUGUUGGGGUUCCUUGUUUGAAGCGCUGGUGGUAAAUGAGAAGAUGUGACCCGGCCAUGCUUUUCUGCUGGUGAUUUAUCCCCACUCCUUGGAGUGAGUAAGGUGGCAACAUCUGCAGACCUCGUAGGUGUUUGUAGCAUCUUAGAGUUCUAAGUGAUCUUAGAAAUCGUUGUCAUUUUACAAACGAGGAAAGUGAGGCUCAGAAAGAGCCAGGGACUUGUUUUGAGUCACAUUAGAGACAGAGCCAGGAAUAAGACCCGGCUGUCCUGACUCUCAGUUUAGUGUCCGCCGAGUUUUAGGUCUUUAUCUUGUACUGCUUUAAAAAAUAAUUAACACAUAUUUGUGCAAGUCCGUGUUUCCGAAAUGUCCACGUCCCAACAGAAAGUUGUCACCGAGGGACCAUUCCCCAGCCUCCGUAUGAAUGGUGCCCAUUGUAUCUCGAGUUUUGAGCUUGGAACAAUGGGAGCCCUGUUGAGAGUCCCCUGAAGUAACUCAGCCUCCAGCGUUGUUUCACCAGGGGAGCAAUUGGAAAUGGCAGCCGAGGCCCCCAUGUGUGUGACCUCUUUGCUAAAAACCAGAGGGUGAUGACUGUUAACUACUAUUUUCUCUUCAGUUUUCUGAAAAACCCAGAGAAAGUUGUAAAGAAAAGCUAGUUUCUCUCCUGAGUGUUUACGGCUCUUUGCAUGUUCAAAUAUAUAGAUUUCCCCGUGUGCGUGUAUGUUGGCUUACUUCCUAGACUUUGGCCACUUUGUAUUCGUUCAUAUUUUUCUCAGUAUUCCUUUUCUUUGCGUUUUAUACAAAUUAAAAACAUUUUUAAAGCUUCUUAUAUACUGUAAAAUCUACUAGGUGCUCUGCAAACUGGACAGAUUAGGGGACCUCAGCUACAUCAAUGCCUUAUUUGGAACUUGUAACAGGUAAUUUUUUUAUACAUUGGUUUGUGAUGGUCGAAAGCUCAUUAAAUUGUGACAAACUAAGAAAAA